AUGUUUGCAAGGUGCAAACCACCAGUUUGGCGCGUCGAUGACUUGACACCAUGUUUCCAGGCAGAUUACCUCGAAACCCUCUUUCCUUUGUUAGCAUGUGCACUGUCCCUACUGGUUUUGCUCCUUCAAAUAGGUCGCCAAAGACUAAAAGCCCAACAUCGAAAAGCCGCCCAUCACAUCCUGGUCGACAUCGACGAUGACGCAGCCUCGAUCGAUGAAGAGGAGGAUGAAGAUUCCCUGGCAAGGCUCACCCUUCAGAAGACGCAGAGUCGCGGGGCCGUGUCCAUCACAGAUGUUGAUAGACCUAACGGGGAAGUCAUGCUUGUUACAGUGGAAUUCUUGCUAGUAUUGGCUCAGCUGGCUGUUAACAUUGUCACCAUCUUCGACUUAUCGGCCCGUCGAAAGACCGCUGCCAUCGCCGAAACUGUUGCCUCUACUUACCUUUCAAUCCUCGCUGGAGCUCGGCUGUUAGCCUCGACCACGACUUGGAAAGCGCCGGUCAAGAGUUUAUGGAGUCACAGUGCAACACUGUACCUAAUACAAUGGCUCAACAUCGUCUGGGUGUUCCGCUCGGUACUUGUACACCCCGUUGACCGACUACUGCAACACAUGACGAUUGCGUCAUUCAGCAUCACGAGUGUGUUGGUGAUCACUGUACUUUGUUCACGAAAGGGAAAUAAGGGGGUCUUGCUGGAGUAUGAGGGCGAUAUCGAACCAUCUCGAGAACCUUUGGCAAGCAUACUGUCUCUCGUGACAUUCUCCUGGGUCGAUCCGAUCGUGUGGAAAGGUUACAAGAAGCCUCUUGAUCUCGCUGACGUCUGGAACGUGGCUUUGGCCGAUAAAGCUGAGACUGUUCUCGCCGAAUUUCGACAGAUCGCAAAAGCACAUUCACUUGCUGUCCGGCUCUUGUUGCACUUCAAGAAGGAUCUACUCAUUCAGGGCGCAUGGUGUAUGUUGGCAAGUGUCUUCAUGUUUCUGCCCACUCUCCUUUUGAAAGCCAUCUUGGAAUACCUAGAGAAUACGGACAGAGUCCCACGAAGCGCAGCAUGGUUGUAUGUUGUACUUCUUUUUGCCACUGGCGCAGUGCAGGCCGUUGGUGACGGGCAAGGAUUGUGGAUCGGCAGGAAAGUCUGUGUUCGACUUCGUGCCAUCAUUGUUGGGGAGAUCUAUUCAAAAACUCUCAGGAGAAAGGCAGCAGCCGGCACUGAUUCCGAACAAGAGAAGCUUCCUCCCAAAGACAAAGCGUCCUUUUCCGUCAGGUUCAAGUCAAUGCUGAAAAGCAGAAGCCUGCGCCUUCGGAAGAGCCCUGAAGCCGGACCUACGCCAUCGAAGAUUUCCAGCACUCAGACUAAUAACGGCACGAUCAUCAACCUCAUGUCAAUCGAUUCCUUCAAAGUGGCUGACAUCUGUGCCUACCUGCACUUCUUGUGGGCUGCAGUUCCGGUUCAACUGGUCAUGGCGGUGGCAUUGUUGUACAAGGUUUUGGGCUACAGCUCUUUUGCAGGCAUCGUCAUGAUGAUAUUCAUCUUGCCAUUAAACCUCUACAUUGCUAAAUCAUUCCAAGCUGCGCAGAAAAGGAUCAUGGCCGCCACGGACGGCCGAAUUCACGUCACAAAUGAAGUUCUGCAAAAUAUCAGGAUCAUCAAGUAUUUCGCCUGGGAACAGCGCUUCCAAAAUAAUGUCAGCGAGAAACGACAGAUUGAGCUGUCGGCCUUGUGGCGGAAGUAUGUGUUAUGGGCCAGUGCAGCUACCAUCUGGAGUGGAGUACCCAUCUUGAUUACAUUCACGUCUUUCCUCAUCUACACUCAGAUUGAAAAGCGACCUCUUGUCCCGUCGGUUGCUUUCCCGGCCCUGUCAAUGUUCUCUCUACUGAGAAUACCUUUGGACCAGCUUGCAGACAUGGUGGCCCAUGUACAGGAAUCAAAAGUUUCUAUAGAUCGUGUUGAAAAGUUCUUGGACGAAGAGGAAACAGAAAAGUAUGUCCAAUUGCGUCAAAGCCGGAGAAGAAGUAUGCCGACUACUCGGAUCGCACUCGAGAAUGCAACUUUGACAUGGAGCAUUUCUGAGGUCGAUGCCGCCGAUGCUUUCCGAUUGAUGAACAUGAACGUGGACUUCCCUCUAGGCCAACUCAGCGUCAUCGCGGGCCCAACUGGCUCUGGCAAAACAUCGUUGCUCAUGGCACUGCUCGGUGAGAUGCAGCUACUUAGUGGGCAAGUUCACAUCCCAGGAGGUUCAGUUCGUCAAGAUCUACGACCAGACCCCUCCACAGGUCUCACCGAGAGCGUGGCCUACUGCGCACAGCAAGCAUGGCUUGUGAAUGCCACCAUCAAGGAAAAUAUCCUCUUCGCUAGUCCUUAUGAUGAAGACCGCUAUCACGAUGUCAUCUCUAUUUGUGCUCUUGAGCGCGAUCUAGACAUUCUCGAUGCUGGUGACAUGACUUUGGUCGGUGAAAAGGGAAUUACCCUGUCUGGCGGACAAAAACAGAGAAUAUCCCUUGCGAGAGCCAUCUACUCGAAUUCCAAACAUUUGUUGCUUGAUGACUGUCUCAGCGCGGUUGAUGCACAUACGGCGAAACACAUCUUCGAAGAGGCACUGACCGGCACUCUCAUGGCGAACCGGACCUGCAUUCUGGUUUCGCACAAUGUGUCCUUGACUAUUCCUUUGGCUAGUCAUGUUGUUGUCCUAGAUAAUGGCAAAGUGACCGCUCAAGGAACGCCAGAAGAAGUCGCUAAUAGUGGUGCUCUCGGCGAGGAAUUGCUGAAGUCCCGUCCGGUCUCGAGAGCAGCAUCCUUAGGGCCCUCACGCGUUUCUUCCAACCUCGAGGAAGAGACUUCGAAAUUGUCUGGAGGCAAUGGUCAUAUCAGUCCGGGAUCACGUGUGAGAGAUACUGCCAGAAUCAAAGCCAAGCUCAGUAAAGCAGAAAAGGAGUUUGUCGAUUCUCGUCUGGAGGCCAAAGCAACUGGAAGUGUCAAGUGGUCGACUAUCAAGAUGUAUCUCCAGGCUAUGGGCCCCUGGUACUACUGGAUCUUUGCUGCAUGGGGCUUCAUUGCUACUCAGCUAGGCUCCGUAGCCACGAACCUCUGGAUCCGGCAGUGGGCUAAUGCUUAUCACCUGCGCGAGACUGACGCCACCCAUGCGGUGGUUCAAGGCAUACAUCAAACAGCACUUGGAUCUCCAAAGCUGGGUGGCGCAUUCUUCCAACUUCCACAGAUUGUGGCCAAUGCCGGCACUCUCAUGGUCGAAUCACUCUAUCAUGUCGAUGCGUGGUACUAUCUUGGUAUCUACGCCGUAAUCGGUGCAGUAUACGUCUUUAUCUGCUUUUCCAGGGAAUUGAUCCUCUUCUGGGGCUCGAGACGUGCGUCCUGGCUGCUGCAUGAAAAGCUGCUGACAAGCAUUCUACGCGCCAAAUUCAGAUUUUUCGAUUCUACACCUCUUGGCCAACUCACCAACCGCUUCUCCAAAGAUAUUCAGGCUUUAGAUCAAGAGGUCGCCCCCGUCGCGAUAGGCAUGCUUCAUAGUGCCGCUUCUGUCUUGACCAUCGUGGUGCUCAUCUCGGCAAUCACUCCGGGGUUCCUUAUUCCUGGCUUCUUCAUCACGAUUAUGUAUGUUUUGACUGGCCUGUUCUAUGUUCGAUCGUCACGCGACCUGAAGCGCAUAGAAGCGAUUCAGCGAAGUCCUCUUUUCCAGCAUUUCGGAGAGACCUUGUCCGGUGUUGUUACAAUUCGAGCUUACGGGGACGAGUCGCGAUUCAUUAAGGAGAGUCACAUCCGAGUCAACACUCAUAACCGGCCAUUCAUCUAUCUUUGGGCUACCAAUCGAUGGCUCGCCUUCCGCAUCGACAUUGCUGGGGCAUUGGUGUCUUGCUUUUCGGCGAUGUUUGUCGUUCUCAAUGCUGGCAAGAUUGACCCCGGAGCUGCUGGUCUUGCACUUUCGUAUGCCAUAACAUUCACUCAGAAUGUGCUAUGGCUGGUACGACUAUAUGCUGCAAAUGAACAAAACAUGAAUGCGGUUGAGCGACUUCAGGAAUACAUUGACGUUGAACAGGAGGCACCUGCCCAGAUUCCGGAGACGCAACCACCUUCGAACUGGCCAAGCCAUGGAGGUGUGGAAUUCGUUGGAUACUCCACGAGGUAUAGGCCUGACCUCGAGCCUGUACUGAAGAACCUCACGUUUCGCAUCGAGCCUGGACAAAAGGUUGGAAUUGUGGGAAGAACCGGUGCCGGCAAAAGUUCGCUUGCUCUGGCACUAUUUCGCGGCCUGGAAGCUGAAGAAGGGAAGAUCCUUAUCGACAAUGUUGACAUCGGCCUCAUUGGCCUUCAGGACUUGCGUGAAGCCAUCACAAUUGUUCCUCAAGACCCAACCUUGUUCAGCGGAACCUUGAGGAGCAAUUUAGAUCCAUUUGAGCUCUUCACAGACGAGGAAGUCUUCACCGCACUCCGGCGAGUUCAACUCAUCUCCGGACCUACAGAUGGCUCGCAACGUUCUGGCUCCGAGACGCCAAAUGAGGUUUCGAGUAGGUCCCCUACACUUCGAGACACUUCCACCCCUGCAGAAAGUCAUGCAUCCAUAUCUGGAAACGGCACAAUCAGCUCCGGAUCGACCUUCGCACAAUACGCAAGCAGUUCCAAGGAAAAUAAGAACAUCUUCCGAGACUUGUCAUCUCCUAUUGCAGAAUCGGGUUCCAACCUUUCACAAGGACAGCGACAAUUGUUGUGUCUUGCACGAGCAUUGCUGAAAGCACCAAAGGUUUUGGUAAUGGAUGAAGCCACGGCAUCGAUCGACUAUGCUACUGACUCGAAGAUUCAAGACACUUUGCGCGAGCUGAAGAAUAAUACCAUUCUCACCAUUGCGCAUCGCCUGGCGACCAUUGUUGAUUACGACCGAGCCCUCGUGCUUGAUAAGGGCGAGGUCAAAGAGUAUGCGUCUCCAUGGGAGCUUAUCAACAAGGAGGGUGGAAUUUUCAGGUCCAUGUGUGAGACUUCUGGAGAUUUCGACACACUGUAUGCCGGGGCGAAGAAAGCCUGGCAAGAGAAGAGAUUGAUUGAUGACUCUUAG